AUGGCGGAACCGCAGACCCCAGAUCGCUCGGUGCUGGGAGAGUCAUGGGUGAUAGCAUCGCCUACUACAUCCACUACAUCCAAGGAGAAAGAUCCCAAAAUUCACGAUCCAGCAAACCCUACCCCACUAGCAAAACACAAAGGUCGUAAAGACAACACGGCAGGCUCAACAGAGUCUCUAUCUUCCUCAUCAUGGACUCUGGCUGGCCCGGAGCUUAUCAUGCCUUCUAUAUGCGAAAUGCCCAUCUCGGAGGCAUCAUGGGUCGCGCCAGUGCAUUCGAACGACCAUUCUGGUAUGCGUAAGCGUCGCAAAGUGUCUCCAGAGUCAACACCACAAAAAGAAAAGCAGAAUCCAAGCACUCGCUCCUCAACCGCAAAGUCCACGUCCAAGGCUUCUAAGCGCAAAUCACCCAGCUUCAAAUCAAGGCUGGCAAAGAUUUGUACCACUGUACUCCGAAUGACUAUCAACAGCCUCCUCAUCGCAGGCAUCCUCCACUUCCUCGUCCUCCCAGAACUCAUCCAACAAUCCCAGCCCUUCUUCUGCAACUAUCCCAUCAUCAAAUCCACCUACCCCGACAGCUGCAUACACCUAGUUCCACGUCCACUAUCCCCAUCAACGCCAAUAACGACCCCAGAAAACACUCUAACAACCGCACAAACCAACCUCGAAUCAAUCUUCACAACCACCCUCUCAACCCUCACCCCAUUAACCCACAUCCUCCAAGAAAGCACCAACAUGCUCUCCGACCUCCACCAAACCCUCCAAUCAACCCACGCAGACGUCCGCAACGCCCUGGACCUCGAAUUCACAGGCAGCGACGCUGCCCUCCGCGCUGCAACAUGGGAAUUCGACUCCCUCCGCGCUGACCUCCGCUCCGCCAUCGAAAGUCUCCUAUCUUCCCCGCCACCGGAAGCCGGACCGCCGUCUAUCGCAAGAGAUACUCGUCUCGCGGCCCAGUUCCAUCGGAGAGCACAGUAUCUUGAUCGACUACGCAGCCAACUCAAGACGAAAGCGGAUUCGCUGGUUACACGCUUUAGUACAUUGGACGAUCACCUCGAGGCUGUGGAUGGGAUUGUUGCGCGCGAGAGGAAAGCCGCGCUGGCUGGUGGGAAUGGACAUGGGAACGAAAAUGGAAAUGGAAAUGGAGGGAUUCAGUAUAUGCUAAACUCGUUAUCGGGCUAUGCUUUUGGCGCGCGUUCAUCCUCGGGUCAGGGUGAGAAGUCUGGUGAUGAUGCACCCCGGCCGACUCUUGCGUUACUUAGACUUGCGGCGACGCAUCAUCGGCCUGUUGCGGAUGAGGUGUCGAGGUUGGCGCAGCAGUUGGGGGAGCAACGCGCGAGGUCGGGUUCUACAUGGUAA